UAGGCCCAGGGCGGUGGCGGCGGCAAUAAAGAGGCGGCGGGGGCGGCGGGUAACCAGCGGCCGGACUGCGCCAAGUGGCGGCGGCUUCCACGGCAACGGAGGCGGAUCCACGGUGUCUCGGCAGGACCAUGGCCUCCUCAAAGAAGAAACUUGAAGGUCUCGUGGCUGCAACCAUCACACCAAUGACUGAGAAUGGAGAAAUCAAUUUUUCAGUAAUUGGUCAGUAUGUGGACUAUCUUGUGGAAGAACAGGGAGUGAAGAGCAUUUUUGUGAAUGGCACAACGGGAGAAGGCCUGUCCUUGAGCAUCUCAGAGCGUCGCCAAGUUGCAGAGGAGUGGGUGACCAAAGGGAGGAACAAGUUGGAUCAGGUGGUGAUUCAUGUGGGAGCACUAAGCUUGAAGGAGUCGCAAGAACUGGCCAAACAUGCAGCAGAAAUAGGAGCUGAUGGCAUUGCUGUCAUUGCACCUUUCUUUCUGAAGCCAUGGAACAAAGAUGUCCUGAUUAAUUUCCUAAAGGAGGUAGCUGCUGCUGCUCCUGCAUUGCCUUUUUAUUACUAUCACAUUCCAGCCUUGACGGGGAUAAAGAUUCGUGCUGAGGAAUUGUUGGAUGGGAUUCAGGAUAAGAUCCCCACCUUCCAAGGGCUGAAAUUCAGCGACACAGAUCUCUUAGACUUUGGGCAAUGUGUUGAUCAGAAUCAGCAGCGACAAUUUGCUUUCCUUUUUGGGGUGGAUGAGCAACUGUUGAGUGCUCUGGUGAUGGGAGCGACUGGAGCAGUGGGCAGUACUUAUAAUUACCUGGGGAAAAAGGCAAACCAGAUGUUAGAGGCUUUUGAACAAAAGGACUUUUCUUCAGCCCUGAAUUAUCAGUUUUGUAUCCAGAGAUUUAUCAACUUCGUGGUCAAACUAGGUUUUGGAGUGUCACAGACCAAAGCCAUCAUGACUCUUGUCUCUGGGAUUCCAAUGGGCCCACCCCGCCUUCCACUGCAGAAAGCCUCCAGAGAGUUUACUGAUAAUGCUGAAGCUAAACUGAAGAGCCUGGAUUUCCUUCCUUUCACUGGUUUAAAGGAUAGAAAUUUGGAAGCCUGUAGCUAGUCUCUCUCUAUCAAAUCAUGGUGUAUACAUUGAGACACAAUCCACCUUGAAUAGUAUACAUACUCAUUUCUCAGGGAUUUUUUAGAUGAACUAAAUUCUCUCCUACUAAAUUAAACCCCACAUCAUUCAAUCCACAAGUACUUAUCAAGUACCUGCUAGGAGCCUACAAUAAGUUUUGUGAAAGGGGCAAAAACUUUAAAAGCAGUUAUGAGCCCUAAAUCAUUCAACAGUUCACAAAAUUUUUAUGGAGAAAUUUCUGCUUAUAUGGAUGAAAUGGAAUCAAGAGGAAAAUUGUAAUUGAUUAAUUUUAUCUGCCUUUGGGAGUUCCCAUUAUCUUGAUUUCUGCUUCUUAAUCCUUUUUUAAAAGUUUUCUGAUUUUACAGCAUUAUAAUGUACUUUCAUUUCAAUAAAUAUUCAGAAUCUAGGAAAACUCUUCAGCUGUUGCAUUUAGGCAGGCACAUUAACUUUAAUGCCAAAUUAUAUGACUGAAUUAUACAUAAUUACUUAUACACCAGGACAUUUGGCUCCUCAGUCUAUCUCUAGACCACUUGCCUUCAUCUUGUGAUAUAACGGUUUUUCCCAAAAACCAGUCCCUGAAAUCAUUGUGUUCCUCCAAACAUCCCCAGUAGACUGAUACCAGAUUUCUGAAACAAGCAGAGGUUAAAAACCAGCUUUCAGUGUUUUGUUGAAUGAGAUAUUUCACAUACCAUUGUGUUAGCAUAGUUUUAACAUUAAAAACAACUAGAAAAUUCAAAGACAGCAAUAAGUUCAUAAUACUCCAAAUUUUUACUGAUGAUUUUGGUAGCCUACUGCUAUAUCAUGAUAUUAGUAGUCUACUGCUAUGUAAUAAUUAUUCAUUUCUAAGAAGUUAGAUGUUAAAAACCUAAGAGCUAAACUCAGCCCUGAUCAUUUUUUUUAAUCAUCAUAUUUCUCUUUUGUG